GGAAGGGGCCGGGAAGGGGCCGGGGCCGUGCCGGGGCCGCCCCGCCGCCCUGCGGCUUAAACCCCUCCUCCGGGCCGGUGCUCGGUGCUGCCGGCGGGACCAUGUACGCCGGGAGGAAGAGGAAGAAGCCGGUGCCCAAGAGCCCCAAACCACCACCUCCUGAGGGUGUGAAGUCCAACCCCUCCAAGAGGCACCGGGACCGGCUCAACCAGGAGCUGAACAAGCUGACUGGCUUGCUGCCCUUCCCCGAAGAUGUGUGCACCAGGCUUGAUAAACUCUCCAUCCUCCGACUGGUGGUGGGGUACCUGAAGGUGAAGAGCUACUUGACAGCCGCAGGUACGGGUGUUGGUGACUGCGUGCAGGAUCAGCCCCGAGCCCCAGGAGGGAACAGAUGGACACAUCUGCAGGUCAACAGGGAGCUGUUUCCAGAGGGGGACCUGCUGCUCCAGGCACUCAAUGGAUUUGUCAUCACUGUGACUGGAGAUGGCUACAUCUUCUACGUCUCCCCUACCGUGCAGAACUACCUGGGCUUCCACCAGUCAGAUCUCAUCUACCAGAGCAUCUUCGAGCUGAUCCACACGGACGACAGAGCCGCCUUCCGCUGCCAGCUGCACCAGGCCGUUCCCGAUGGAUGCAGCACUGUGGGCAGCCCCCAGCACUGCUGCCCUGAGCGCCUCUGCUUUACGGAGAGGAGCUUCACCUGCCGCCUCCGCUGCCUGCUGGACAACUCCUCGGGGUUUCUGGCCUUGAAUUUCCAUGGACGCUUAAAACUCCUUCUGGGGCAGCAGAAGAGGGCAUCCCUGGUGCCUCCCCCGCUCGCCCUCUUUGCCAUCGCAACUCCCCUCCAGCCGCUCUCCAUCCUGGAGCUUCGGACCAAGACGCUGAUGUUCCAGACGAAGCACAAGCUGGACUUCACUCCCAUGGCCUGUGAUUCCCGGGGGAAGGUCAUCCUGGGGUACACGGAGACGGAGCUGUGUAGGAGGGGGUCCGGGUACCAGUUUGUGCACGCAGCUGACAUGAUGUACUGCGCAGAGAACCACGUGAAAAUGAUGAAGACAGGGGAGAGCGGGCUGACGGUCUUCAGGCUGCUGACCAAGAAGGGUGUCUGGGUGUGGGUCCAGGCCAAUGCCCGGCUGGUGUACAAAGGGGGUCAGCCCGACUUCAUCAUCGCCCGGCAGCGAGCCCUCUCAAAUGAAGAAGGGGAGGAACACCUGCGGAAGCGGAACCUGCAGCUGCCUUUUAGCUUUGCCACGGGGGAAGCAGUUUUAUACGGGAACGACCUUCCUGAUUUCUUGGACUCCCUCCAGGCUAAGGAGGAGUUUCAGACAAAGACAGACUCCCACGUGGAGCAGCACGCGGUAGAUCCCAACUCUAUUCUCGGGGCCAUGAUGAAGCAGGAUGCAUCCAUAUACAUCUCCCACACCGAUGAUGUGCCUCAGUUCUCCCUGCCAGAUCUCGACGCUGAGCCUGGUGGACCAAGUCGGGAUGAGAAAGCCAGCAAUGCCAAGGAGGACAGCAACUCCCUCCUGGUUGUUAUUGAAACCCUCUUUGAGAAGAGCAAGGUGGAUGGAAACACCUGCCAGACCCUCCAGAGCCUCAGCGUGGACAAUGUGGAGCUGCAGCAGUGGGAAGACACUCUGCUAAGCCUGGGUGCAGAGGAUUCACCAUCCCAGGACGUCGGUGAGAGCGUGGGCAGCGAGGUGAGCUCCUACGUGGAGCAGAUGCUCUCCAGGGAGAGUGCUGGGAGCAGCACAGACUUCCCGUGCUGCAGUGCAUCAUCCUGCAGCGAGCAAGGCAGUUCUGCGGCUCGCUUCCAGCACUGCUGGGCAGCGAACUUGGCGGCUCCACUGGCAUUUCAAGACCUUCCACAGCCCCAGGCAGCUGGUGCACAGGGCCAAGGUGCUGCAGUCUCUCUGGCCUCUGUUAUGCCAGAGGGCAGCUCCGCUCGACCGGGAGAGCCGAUCCUGUUCCACCCGGCCAGCCUUGGGGGCAGGACUGUUCUGGAUGCCUUGGGCUCCAGCAGCGAGCCCUCUGCACCACUUCAGCUGGCAAACCCAGGAAAGGUGUUUCAGGCAGGACUUAGCACCUCUCUUCCCACAGACAGCGUCCUUCCUAAAGGUCAGAGCCAGUCCAGGUGUGCGCUGAUGGCCUCAAGCUGCCCACCUCCCUUGGACUCAAGUGCAUUGGUGACUCGGUGGCACAACAUCCCAGUCUGGGCAAACCCGGCCCUUGCUUUGGGUCAGAGCGUGUCCCCAGGAGGCUGCCCCUCGGAUGCUUGGCUGGCUGCAGCUCCGAAACAGCUGGAAAUGGCUGGAGCGCCCCUGGAAUCACAAGCUCCAAUGGCGAGUAGCACCCAGAGCUCCCCAGGGGCUGGGUUGUGGUUGCUGCCCCCCGGCCCUGCUCCUUGCCCUGCACAGGGUGUGUGUGAGCACCUCCAGGAUCAGGACACCGCCUUCCCAGCACCGCCAGGAGCCAGCCAGCUGCCGGCGGGUGGCGGCUUCCCCGCACAGCCCCCGGUGAUGCCGCCCGCACAGUUCGGUGCUUGCUGGGGCAGGGAGCAGGCAGUGCUCGGCGAGGACGCGUGGUCCCAGCACCAGGGACUUGUGCUGGGGACCAGCCUGGGUCCUGGUACCCAUCAGAUGGACCACGCCGUGCCGCAUUACUGUGGGUACGGAAACAGCGAAGGGGUCUUCAGCCACGAGGGUGUUUUUCUCAAGGAUGCCACUCAAACAUCAGUGUCCCAGCCUGUGCCUUGCCACCCAGGGGCACCAGCAGGAUCGGGUUUGAGGUGCUCAGCAUCUCUUCCCGGGGAGCUGGGUGCGACAGCAGCCUCCUGCGAGCCGGGCACCAGCUUCCCCCUGGCCUCCUCGGCAGGUGGGCGGCCGCGCUGUGCGUGCCGCGUCCAGCUGAAGGUGCGGUGCGAGGGCUGCGGGACCUGAAGGGCACCGCGUGGCACGUCUCAGUGGCCAUGGGGUGAGGCCCAGCCUUGUCUGGGGACGGCUGUAGCUCUCUGCCCGCCCUGCAGCACGCACAGCGACUGAGCCCCCUGGCUUCCAGGCUCCUGCGUGUGCAAAGCACCCAGAAACGCUUCAAACCACAGGGGUGGCUCCAAGCAGUAAACGUUUCUUCUGGUUUUAACAUUUUCCUGGCCCCACCCCCAGCCAUCUCUGUAAAACAGGAUUGGAAAAGCCCAUUUUGAAGCCUCACGGUGAGCUAGGAGCCACAGUUUGGGAACGUUGUUCUGAGCAGCCACCAGCAGCCAGGCACAUCCACGAGCGAUGCUCCGUGCCUCCUGACCACCCAGUGCUCUGAGCUCCUGUGCCUGAAAUGAGGUGCCUUCGCAGAGCUCUCAGGCAGGCACAGAGGAAGGGUUUGGUGGCUUUUACAUCAGCAGUCUUUCAGGAAAAUGCAGUCCUGUCGCAGCAGAGAGGUUUGUCAGGCUCUUGGGGUCCAAAGGACCUCUUCAUCACUGGGGCAGGGUUCUGGGAGGUGGAUUUGGCCUCUAGCAGAGGCUGUGACCUUCCCCGGGAAAUAGCUCCUGUUGCUGACCCUGGGUUUGUCACCGCCGUGCAGUGCCAUCAGAUGGAGGGACAGUGGAGCACUGCUGGGGCCGGUAAGGAUGGUGUGGCUUUGCCAGAGCAGUGAGGAGAAGGCAGCAAGGAGGGGAGCGACUGCCCUCUGCCUCUCCCCUGUGGACCAACUUUGUGGUCUUAAAACUGUUCUGGAGACUGGCACAACCACUUUGUUAAAUUCCCUUUUUUCUGUGCAUGGUUUGUUUGUUUGUUUUAAGCCAAAGGCAUGAAUCUUUUCCCCCUGCCUGCCACGGGGCAAAUUCUCCUGGGCUUUGUCAGGCAAAGCCCCAAGAAGACCAGGAUCAACCAGAGCCAUGAGUUUGAGACCAGGCAGGGCCGGCUGGGCUGGUUGUAGAGGUUGGCAUGGUUGGUGGACCUCCAGAUCCUGCCCUUGUACCCAUCACCCUGAGCUGCAUGCCUGUCCCUCAGCCUCUUACACCAGUACUCAGCACGUGCUGCACCCAUCCGCAGCAGCCUGGAGGAGCACCCAGGGGUGGGCAAGGAGCUGAGGUGCUGUGAUACAGAGCCUUAUGCAUCAACUGGCCCCAAAACCUUGCUGCUGGGGGCUGACGCAGACCUCCUGCUGCUCUGUUACUUGUGUCUUAAUUCUUUACGAGUUAUAUGUGUGCAUCUAGAGUCUGUUUUUGUGGUGGUGUCUUAUUUUCCACUCUGUGAUCUCUUUGUAUGCCAUUUGCCGAUGGAUGAUGUCGGGGGGAGGGUGAAGAAAAGAUGCACUGAAACUCACCCGCUGCAUUUUGUUGUGUAUUAAAAGUCAAUUCGCUUUG